UGGGAUAUGAAAAGCAACAAUUGCAAUAAAACGUUGAACACCAUCAUCUUUCGACUCAGAAAAACUGGGAACUUGGAAAUGUUGUUGUUGGAAAGAGCAAGUUCAACUCGAAUGGCGAUCAGCAAAGAAAAUAAAUCCGAAUUCAUCUUGUCAACAUAUGAUCCACAAUUACCAGAAUCAGCUAAACAUAAACUAGGCUACUUCGGAAUACCCACUCUUGUCAAAAUCAAAUCACCGAUCGAUCAACCACUGCAAACAGAAAUUCAACCAAAAUCUUCCAAACGUUCCAUAACAAUACCUGUUCAAUUGAAAAAAAAGUACAGAGUGAUUGUUGCUCAAUAUUCUGAUGGUAAACCUGAUUGGCCAAUUGUUAUCGACUUUCGAACUCCAUGUAAAUCACCACAUUCAUUCGUUAAUAUUCAUGUGAAUUUUAUGGUGUGACUUUUGUCUGAAUAUUAUUAUUUUCGAGUAUUUUCUAGACGUACUUGUGAAGAAAGAUGAAGUAAUGUAUGAAGUCAAACACCGUGACCUCCAGACCAAUGAAGUGUCUUUAUAGCACCAGUGGAUCAUAAAGAUUUGACAGCUAAAACACCUCCACAAUAAUCUGUAUGAUUAUGCUACUUAUCAGGCACUGAAUGAUUUAAAUUUUUGAAGAUCAUAAAUAGCACGCGUUUAUUUUCGAAACAUUGAGCGAUAAUGACUUUCUGUUUAAAGUUUGAAAAUGUCAUUAGGUAGAAGCCCUAAAUCUCCUCCCACUGCCAUUAACUCACUUUUCCAAACAUAUUUUUACACGAUUUAGGUAAGGAAUGCCGAAUUCAUGCUAAACAUCUCAUUAGAAUCAGACGUCGUAGGUGGAGAUCAGAACAUGACAAUAAUCAAAUACAACUACAUCUCAAUUAAAUCAUUCGCACUUGUGGGAAUGCAGCACAGCGAAUGUUUGCUCAUUAUUCGAUGUGAAAACACUUGAUCUAUUGCAAGCUUACACUGUUUUUGUUCAUCCAUUUUGUGAAGUUGUAAUAAAUAAAGGAGAGGUUUAUGAAAUAUUUGUAUUUUAAAGAUAGAUAAUGAAUCAUUAAACGAUAGAGACAAGAUGAGAUAUGUAACACCAAUGAUAAACAAGCGACGUAAGAGAAGUGAGUGGAAAGUGUAAUUAGUUUCCG